AUGCGACGACAAACAAAAGCACGAAUGCCACUAAAUACUUUUAGACUUACAAGGAAACGAGCUGGAAGCAAGAUGGAAGAAACAUCUCGAGAAUUUUCACUCACUUGCUUAAGACGUAAGACAACAAACAUCAUGCAGAAGAAGUUGGAAACAAAACAAAUGGCUUUUGAUAUUGAAAGUCUUGUUAAUGGAAUCCUGUCCAGAAAUAAAUUUCAAUUGACAUCCCUAAAAAGGCAGCAAAUCAUGUCAAAUCGUAUUUGGGUUUUUGUGCAUGAAGCGUUUUUCCUGCCAUGUGUUGUUAUGUGA